UCUUUGCAUUUCUUUCUGAGUAAAUCUUUGAACUCCGAAAAAAAUAAAAUCAUGGAAAAUGCAAACUUUACAAUAACAAUGUUGCUCUGUCUGCUGAUGUGCUUGUCUGUAACUGAUUCUAGCUCGAUUAGUACUGAUCGUGAUGCUCUUCUCGCGAUCAAAUCUAGUAUAACUUCGGAUCCUUAUGGCAUCUUGGCAGCUAACUGGUCUAGUAACACCUCUGUUUGCUGCUGGCAUGGUGUGUAUUGUAGCAGAAAUGUCGAAAGAGUAGUGUCCUUGAGCCUCCGCGACAUGGGUCUUGAGGGAACAAUUGCGCCUCAUGUAGGAAACCUUUCGGCUCUGGCUUCACUCGACGUUGGCCAGAACAAAUUCCAUGGCAAAAUGCCAGAAGAGCUGGUUCAUUUGAGUAAUUUAGAGAGGCUAUAUUUGGAUGAAAACGAAUUUGAUGGAGAAAUUCUGUCGUCGUUGGGGGACUUGUUUAAUCUGCAGUACUUGCAUCUUGAGAAUAAUAGUUUUAGUGGUGUAGUUCCUUCUUCAGUUGGUAAUAUGUCGAAGCUUGAGGUGCUGAAUUUAAGUUUUAACUUUCUGCAAGGAGGUAUACCGGAAGGUAUUGGCAGACUUUCUGGCCUAAAAAGUUUAUCUUUGAUGUCUAAUCGGCUCUCGGGUUCAAUGCCUUUGGCUAUCCUCAACAUGUCUUCAUUGCAAGAGAUUGAUCUUUCGGUUAAUAACUUAUUAGGUACUCUAUCAGAAGAUAUGUGUGAUCGUCUUCCUCAGCUCAAAAGGCUAGUUCUUUCUCAAAAUAAAUUUUCUGGGAAAAUUUGGGCUGCAGUAAAGAACUGCCAAAAGCUUGAAUACUUGUCCCUGGCCAAAAAUGGAUUCUCUGGCAACAUACCGAGAGAGAUUGGAAACUUAACUAUGCUCAAGUAUCUUUCUCUCGGGGCUACCAAUUUGACAGGGGGACUACCUAAUGAGAUCGGACGUCUGAUAAAUCUAAAGGAACUAAAUCUCCAUGAAGGUAGAUUCAAUGGUCCACUUCCAUUCAGUCUUUUCAAUAUAUCAACAUUGGAGAUACUUGACUUGUAUAGAAAUGAGUUUUGUGGCCAUCUUCCGUCAAGCAUGGGUCGUUGGCUUCCAAAUCCAAGAAGCCUCGUUUUAAGUUACAAUAACUUUAGUGGAAAAAUUCCAGAGUCUACUAAAAAUGCAUCCAAGCUUGUUACAAUCAACUUGACUAGUAACUCUUUUUCUGGACCUGUUCCUAAUAGUCUCGGGGAGUUAGAGUUCCUAGAGCGCCUGCUACUUGGAGGAAACAAUUUGAGCCGUGAAUAUUUUACUCCAGAAUUGAGGUUUCUCUCCUCAUUAACAAAUUGCAGAAGCCUGAAAAUGUUGGGGAUUGCUUUAAAUCCAUUAGAUGGUUUUCUUCCAGCUUUAGUGGGAAACUUCUCUUCUUCUCUCCAACUACUUCAAGCAUUCGGAAGCAAAAUUAGAGGUACCAUUCCCAUCGGAGUAGGAAACUGGAGUAACUUGAGUUAUCUUGGUCUAGAUAACAAUGAGUUGACAGGACCAAUUCCAAGCUCAAUAGGAAGCCUACACAAACUCGAAGUUUUGUAUCUUGAGAAAAAUAAACUUAAAGGCCACAUACCCGACGAUCUUUGUGCUUUAAAAAACUUGGGAGACUUGUAUGUUAGCCAGAAUGGACUCAACGGAUCUAUACCAGCAUGUUUGGGUGGACUCAAAUCUUUGCAGAGGCUUUACUUGGACUCAAACAAAUUAACUUCUACGAUACCAUCAACGCUAUGGAGCUUAAAAUAUCUGGUCCUUCUAAAUCUGUCAAGGAACUCUUUAAGUGGAGAGUUGCAAUCAGCUAUUGAAAAUUUCAAGGUCUUAACUCUUUUGGACUUGUCGUAUAAUCAGUUAUCAGGUUAUAUUCCAAGAAGCAUCGGAGGUGCCCAACAGUUGAGUUCUCUAUAUUUGUCUCAUAAUAAAAUUCAAGGAUAUAUCCCAGAAUCAGUGGGAAGCUUGAUUGGCUUGGAAUUCCUGGAUCUCUCGGAUAACAAGUUGUCAGGAAGUAUUCCAAAAUCUAUAGAGAAACUGAGGUAUCUCCGAUAUCUUAAUGUGUCCUUGAACAGACUUCAAGGGGAAAUUCCUGGAGGAGGGAGCUUUAGGAACUUCACAGCCCUAUCGUUCAUGGGAAAUGAUGCACUUUGUGGCACACCCCGACUGGAAGUCCCGCGGUGCAAAUCUAGAACUACAAGUACCUUUGUGUCAGAAUUCGUUUCUUUAUCCAAAUAUAUCAUACCUUUUGUGGUACUAGCCUUAAUUCUUGCAGCACUUACAAUUACUUUACUGAGAACUCGAAACAGAAAUAUUAGGCAAUCGACCACAGGAGAUUCCAUGCUACUCGAAUGGAGAAGGGUAUCAUAUAAUGAUCUUCUCCGAGCAACAGAGUUUUUUAGUGAAAGCAACUUACUUGGGACUGGUGGUUUUGGAUCUGUAUUCAGGGGAACUCUUUCAGAUGGAAUUAUAGUUGCGAUAAAAGUGCUGAACCUGGAGCAUGAAGGAGCAAUGAAAAGUUUUAAGGCUGAAUGCGAUGUAUUGCAGCAAAUUCGUCAUAGAAAUAUUGUCCCAAUCAUCAGCAGCUGCACUAACUUGGACUUCAGAGCCUUAGUACUCGAAUAUAUGCCUAAUGGGUGCCUUGAGAAGUGGUUAUAUUCUCACAACAAUUACUUGGAUAUGAUUCAGCGUUUAAACAUCAUGAUCGACGUUGGAUUAGCCUUGGAGUAUCUACAUCAUGGUCAGGGCACACCUAUUAUUCAUUGCGAUUUGAAGCCUAGUAAUGUCUUGCUUGAUGAAGAUAUGGUUGCACAUGUCAGUGAUUUUGGUCUUGCAAAAAUAUUAGGCCAAGAAGAGUUUAUGGAACGUACUGUGACCUUGGCGUCGAUUGGUUAUAUGGCACCAGAAUAUGGACAGGAAGGACUGGUAUCUACAAGUGGCGACGUGUACAGUUAUGGUAUCGUAUUGAUGGAAACAUUUACAAGAAAGAAGCCAACUGACGAGACGUUCUCUGAUGAAAUGAGCCUGAGGAAUUGGGUUAAUACUGCAUUACAUGGUUCCAUAUAUGGUGUGGUGGAUAUGAAUCUGUUAGCAGGUGAUGCUGAACAUUUGGCUGCCAAAGAGCAAUGUUUGUCCUCUAUCUUGUCUUUGGCUUUGGAUUGUACGGUGAUUUAUGCAGCUGAGAGGCCGAGUAUGGAUGAUGUUGUCGUUAGGCUUCAGAAAAUCAGAGAGUCGAACUCGUUACCUCCCGCAAGGGGUACUAGAGCUCAACUGGCCGAGUAUGGAUGACGUUGUCGUUAGGCUUCAGAAAAUCAGAGAGUCGAACUCCUUACCUCCCGAAAAAGGUACUAGAGCUCAACCACCGCACCAACACCUUGUUGGCGGCCUGGUGAAAUUUUGAAGAACUGUAAACAAACUUCUGGAAAGGAUAUUAAUUUUCAAAAGAGUAUCAAGUUUUUGGCAUGUAGCCGCCAUCAAUUAUAUGUGCAUUGACUCA